UUGGCUCAUUUCUCCUGAAAUGCUAAGAGCGAUGUCCCUUUGAUAGCUACCAACACAUUGAUGGCAGUCCCAUGGAGGCAGCUGGAUCUGUUAAUAAACUCUUUUUCCUCUCCCUCUCGGGGAACAGUAUGAGGCUGGCAUACCUCUUCCUCGGCCCCGCGGCCCUCCUCCUCCUGGCUGGCUGCGGCUGUGUCCUCAGCACCUCCGGCGGGAACCUGAGCACGUUUGUGGGCUGUGCGGUGAGAGAGUUUACUUUCCUGGCCAAGAAGCCGGGCUGCAGGGGCCUUCGGAUCACCACGGAUGCCUGCUGGGGCCGCUGUGAAACCUGGGAGAAGCCCAUUCUGGAAUCCCCCUACAUUGAAGCCCAUCAUCGAGUCUGUACCUACAAUGAGACCAAACAGGUGACGGUCAAGCUGCCCAACUGUGCCCCGGGAGUCGACCCCUUCUACACCUACCCCGUGGCUGUCCGCUGUGACUGCGGGGCCUGCUCCACUGCCACCACGGAGUGUGAGACCAUCUGAAGCUGGGCGACCCUCAGAACACAGCUGGCGGCCUGCGGCCUCACGGACCCACCUGCACGGGCAGCACAAGCAGCUAUACCCCCUGCACUCAAGGACUGUUUAAUUUCGACCCUACUCGUGGAGGAGGUUACCUGUCUCCCUUCCCCGCCCUCAGGCGCAAGGCCGAGGAAGCAUACUUAUGCUAAAAAUGCAAAACAACCUUUGUGCCUUCGCUAAAAUAAUUUCUCUGGACCACACACUGCAAAUUAAUUUUUCUUUACCUUGAAUCUCAGAACA